CCUCGUCGUCGUCGACCUCGGCCGAUUCCUCCGAUUCAGCAGUGCGGAGGAAGCUGCAGCGGCUCCUCCGCCUCCGAUCGUCGUCUCCCCCGCCAUUGGGGCCGGUGAUCGAGAACGUGAGGAGGUACAGGGGCGCGGCGGCGGCGGCGCCGGUGAAGGUGGAGGUGGAGGAGGACGUGCUGGUGAUGGACGGGGUGCUGGUGGGCGAGCCCGGCUCGAGCCGGCCCGGUCGAUCGCUCGCCCCCGACUUCGCCUCGCCCGGUAGCAGCAGCAGCUUGUACAAGACCGAGAUCUGCCGCACGUGGGAGAACGCCGGCACGUGCCGCUACGGCUCCAAGUGUCAGUUUGCUCAUGGGAAAGAGGAACUGCGCGUGAUUCGACCUAUGAAGCUAAAAUCUGAGUUGGAGAGGCAGAGCAUCAGAUCAGUCCCAGCCGCCGGUUCCGGCGUGCACGGCCCCCGAUUCCGGUUCCUCCCACCGGCGCCACCCACGGCCCCCGCUCCUCCGGGACCUGCCGCUUUCAGCCCUAAACAAACAGGCGAACAUUCCCUUCCCCCUGCAUCAAAACCCGACAUCCUAACAUCGAAGGCGGAGUCUUCUCUCGCGCCAACUCCCCAUGCCUCUCUUCCACCGCCGGAUUCAACGUUCGCGUGGCCGCCAUCUGAGGAAGAGGACACGUACAUAACCCGCGUGCUCUACGGCCCCAGUUCGCGCCGGCGGCUCCCCGUCUUCGCGGACAUCUGUCCAGAGUGAGUUCUUUCCUUUGAAUCUUCAUUUGAUCGAAUAAGCUUUUACUUUUAGAGAAAGUUUAAAUGAGUUUUAGCAAAACAUGGACGCGCCAGCAACUUUUAUCUUCGUUAUAAUAGUCUUUCUUUUACUUUCGUAAAUUAUAGUCUACUAUCAUCUCUUGAUCUUCGACAAUCCCAAUAGGAUUACAAACAAGCAUAACAUUACUCAAACCAAAAAUUAAGAACGAACGUUAGAGGUUAGCUAUCGAGUCCCAUCAUUUGAAUACAUAUUUGGGUGUGACUCAUUGACUUAUUUUGGUUGUCUAAAUCCGGCCAGUGGGUGCGACAAUUACGGCGGCGUUACGCGGAUUAAUUGCCGACCUAAUGUAUGUGUAGUCUAUUGAGCCCAUCACAAAUUCACAAGGCUCCUAAUUUUAUAAAACCCCCUCUAGCUAUUAUAUUCCUUACCUAAACUUUUGACCUUUUCUUCUGCAAAGUAAAAUAACCCUUUUCUCUCGAAAAUACUCAAAUUAUCUUUAUAAUUAAUGUUAGAAGCUUCAAUUUAAAAGUUGCUUUUUUAAAUUAAAAUUUUAUUUUUUUUACUGCAGUAGAAGCUCCGACUUUUUCUUUUCGGUGCAUGGUAGUUACCCUCUCAAAAUAAUUUUGCAAGAUAUUUUUUUGAUGUAUUUUGGAUAUUGGCUCUCUAAACUUUUUGAUUGACUACUAAAA